CAUCCCGCGGCCGGAGACCUGAAGCUCCAGGACCUGGACCGGGGCUGAAGAUGCCUCAUGGACCGCUGCGUCCCCGCCGUCAGUGCGCCACUUCAGGGCAUCCCGAACGCCGAAUAGCGGAGACAUGUCGCGGUUUGGCGCCAGGCCGGUGGUCGCGGCGCUGCUGAUCGCGGUGGUGGUCGGCGCCUUCUUCUUCUGCGAGUACCUCAUCUACAUCCCGACCAUCUUCCAGUGCGCGUGGCCGAAGCUCGAGCGAACCCGGGCCGGAGAGGAGGGCAUCGGCGGGGGGGACUCAGCGGUCCGCGCGAUGGUUCUGUCGGACACCCACCUCCUCGGAGCUGUGGGGGGACACUGGUUCGACAAGCUGAGGAGGGAAUGGCAGAUGGAGCGGGCUUUCCAGACCGCUCUGUGGCUCCUCAAACCCGAGGUGGUCUUUAUUCUCGGGGACAUCUUCGACGAAGGCAAGUGGAGCUCCCAGAAG